AUGGUCAGAAUGAUGGAGCAGGAGAUGGGCAGGGCAGCUGCGAGGCUGCGGGAGCGGUGCUGCAGUAGCCGCCUCAGCCGCCUCGGAGCCGCUCACCCGUCCUCAGCCGUUGCUGAGCCGCGCCCGGAGCCCAGCCGAGGAGGCUGCAGCCAGGAGACCGCAGCCCCCGCCUCCAGCCCGCCGCCCCCCGAGGGCGCCCCAGGCCGCGCCAUAGUGAAGGUGACGUUCAACUCGGCUCUGGCCCAGAAGGAGGCCAAGAAGGACGAGCCCAAGUGCGGCGAGGAGGCACUCAUCAUCCCCCCUGAUGCCGUCGCGGUGGACUGCAAGGACCCAGAUGAAGUGGUACCAGUUGGCCAGAGAAGAGCCUGGUGCUGGUGCAUGUGCUUUGGACUAGCAUUUAUGCUUGCAGGUGUCAUUCUGGGAGGAGCAUACCUGUACAAAUACUUCGCACUUCAACCCGAUGACGUGUACUACUGUGGAAUAAAGUAUAUCAAAGAUGAUGUCAUCUUAAACGAGCCUUCUGCAGAUGACCCGGCUGCUCGCUACCAGACAAUUGAGGAAAAUAUUAAGAUCUUUGAGGAAGAUGAGGUUGAAUUCAUCAGUGUGCCUGUCCCAGAAUUUGCAGACAGUGAUCCUGCCAACAUUGUUCAUGACUUUAACAAGAAACUCACAGCCUAUUUAGAUCUUAAUCUGGAUAAGUGCUAUGUGAUUCCACUGAACACUUCCAUUGUUAUGCCACCGAGAAACCUGCUGGAGUUACUUAUUAACAUAAAGGCUGGAACCUAUUUGCCUCAGUCCUAUCUGAUUCAUGAACACAUGGUUAUCACUGAUCGCAUUGAAAACAUUGAUCACCUGGGUUUCUUUAUUUACCGACUGUGCCAUGACAAGGAAACUUACAAACUGCAACGCAGAGAAACCAUCAGAGGUAUUCAGAAACGUGAAGUCAGCAAUUGUGUUACAAUUCGGCAUUUUGAAAACAAAUUUGCUGUGGAAACUGUAAUUUGUCCUUGAAUAGUCAAGAAAAACAUUAAUGGGAGAAAAACUUAAUAUCGCAGCAUAACCCCCCACCCUUUGUAUUUUGUGCAGUGAUUAUUUUUUAAGAUCUUUCAUGUAAGUAGCAAACAGGGCUUCACUAUCUUUUCAUCUCAUUAAUUCAAUUAAAACCAUUACCUUUUAAAAAUC